AUGGCCGCAAGGUCACCGCAGCCUGCACAGGGCUAUGCUACCGGAGCAGAACGCCAGCCGGACGACUUAAGGAGAAGGAAUGUUGCUGAGAGCGAGCGCGACGGACACGCCUACAUAUCUGCAGAUGUUGAGGAGAAGGGGAAAGAGAAGGCAAAGUCAGUCCUCGCCGUGUUAGACGAAUACGAGUGGAUCAUUGCGCCCCUGGUUUUUACAGCGUUGGCCUUCUUCACGCGAAUGUGGAAGAUUGGUCUCUCGCCCAUCGUCACCUGGGAUGAAGCUCACUUCGGCAAGUUCGGAUCCCACUACCUCAAGCGCGAAUUCUACUUCGAUGUCCACCCUCCGCUCGGCAAGAUGCUUGUCGGUCUAUCAGGGUAUUUGGCGGGUUACAAUGGAUCCUUCGAAUUCAAGUCCGGCGAGACUUAUCCGGAGGAACUCAACUACACCUUCAUGCGGGUCUUCAAUGCCACCUUCGGAGCUCUCUGUGUCCCACUGGCGUAUUACACGGCGAAAGAACUGAACUUCAGGAGGCCGACUGUCUGGCUCGUUACCAUGAUGGUGCUUUUCGAAAACUCGUACACGACAAUCAGCAGGUUCAUUCUCUUGGAUUCGAUGCUUCUCUUCUUCACCUUCACAACUGUCUUGUGUUGGGCCAAGUUCCACCGCCAGCAGCAUGAUCCGUUCUCGCCCGAGUGGGGUCUCUGGCUGAUGCUGACCGGCAUAUCAAUCGGCUGCGUGUGCAGUGUGAAAUGGGUCGGACUUUUCUGCACCGCACUGGUGGGUCUAUACACCGCUGAAGAUCUAUGGAAUAAGUUCGGCGACCUUAAGAUGCCCAAAGUUGAGCUUGCGCAGCACGUCGGCUUCCGGGUCUUCAGCCUCAUCGUUAUUCCGUUAAUCGUCUACAUGUUCUCAUUCUACCUCCAUUUCCUCAUCCUUGAAAACAGCGGUCCGGGAGAUGCCCAGAUGAGCUCUCUAUUCCAAGCCAAUCUCAGAGGUACGGAAGUAGGAAAGGACAGCCCGCUGGAGAUUGCUUUUGGUUCCCGCGCCACAAUCAAGAACAUGGGGUAUGGAGGUGGUCUUCUGCACUCACAUGUUCAGACUUUCCCCGAGGGCUCUGGCCAACAGCAAGUCACUUGUUAUCACCACAAAGACGCCAACAAUGACUGGUUCUUCUAUCCCAACCGGGGAGAAGUCGAAUAUGAUCCUGAGGAGCCGCUCCGCUUCCCGGGUAACGGCAACACCAUCCGUCUCAUCCACGCUCAGACCGGCCGCAAUCUACACUCUCACCAGAUCGCAGCCCCGAUCACCAAGGCUGAUCACGAGGUGUCUUGCUACGGCAACACUACUGUAGGGGACACCAAGGAUCACUGGGUCAUCGAGGUCGUUCGUGACGCGGCUUCGAACGACUACUCGAAGAUCCGAACUUUGACCACUGCUUUCCGUCUAAAACACGCCGAUCUCGGCUGCUACCUCCGGGCCGGCAACGUCAACUUGCCGCAAUGGGGUUUCAAGCAGAUUGAAGUCACCUGCACCAAGGAGAACAAGCCUCGAGACGUCUACACUCACUGGAACGUCGAGAGCCACUGGAAUGAGAACCUGCCGCCCGGUGAUCCAGGCUCUUACAAGUCGCCCUUCCUGAGGGACUUCCUGCACCUCAACGUCGCCAUGAUGACAUCCAACAACGCCCUCGUUCCCGAUCCAGACAAGCAGGACGAUCUCGCUUCCCAGUUCUGGCAGUGGCCCAUCCUCCACGUCGGUCUCCGCAUGUGCGGCUGGGACGACCACAUCGUCAAAUACUUCCUCCUCGGCAACCCAGUCGUCUACUGGGGUAGCACAGCCUCGCUCGGUAUCUUCGGCCUCCUGAUCCUCUGGUAUCUGAUCCGGUGGCAGCGUGGCUACGACGAGCUCAAGCAAGCCGACAUCGACCACAUCCACUACUCGGGCCUCUACCCGGUCAUCGGCUGGUUCCUGCACUACCUCCCCUUCGUUGCCAUGGCGCGUGUCACGUACGUGCAUCACUAUUACCCCGCGCUGUACUUCGCCAUACUGACGGCGGGCUUCUGCGUCGAUUGGGCGACGAGGAGACUCAGCAGGGAGGUCCAGUGGGGGAUUUAUGGGGUGCUGUACGUGGUCGUUGUGGGGCUGUUUGUGCUAUUUAGGCAUAUUUGCUUUGGCAUGGUGGGGAGUCAUACGCAGUGGAGGCAUUUGAAGUGGUUUAGCACGUGGCGUAUCACGGACUGA